GGCGGGGAGGUGCCCGGCCCUCCCCGGAUGGGCAUCGUGGAGCCGAGCUGCGGAGACAUGCUGACGGGCACCGAGCCCAUGCCGGCGAGCGACGAGGGCCGGGCGCCAGGCGCCGACCAGCAGAGCCGCUACUUCUACCCGGAGCCCGCGGCGCAGGACGCGGCAGACCGGCGCGGGGGCGGCAGCCUGGGGGCGCCCUACCCCGGGGGCGCCCUGGUGCCCGCUCCGCCCGGCCGCUUCCUGGGAACCUACGCUUACCCGGCCCGGCCCCAAGCCGCUGGCUUCCCCGGCGCUACCGAUCCUUUCCCGCCGCCGCCCGCGGGCGCCGAGGGCUACCAGCCCCGGGACGGCUACGCGGCCCCUGAUCCGCGAGCCGGCCUCUACCCUGCGCCACGAGAGGACUAUGCGCUGCCCGCUGGCCUCGAGGUGUCCGGGAAGCUGCGCGUCGCGCUCAACAACCACCUGUUGUGGUCCAAGUUCAACCAGCACCAGACGGAGAUGAUCAUCACCAAGCAAGGCCGGAGGAUGUUCCCAUUCCUGUCAUUUACCGUGGCUGGGCUGGAGCCCACCAGCCAUUACCGCAUGUUCGUUGACGUGGUCUUGGUGGACCAGCACCACUGGCGGUAUCAGAGUGGCAAGUGGGUGCAGUGCGGAAAGGCAGAGGGCAGCAUGCCAGGAAACCGCCUGUACGUCCACCCGGAUUCCCCGAACACUGGAGCCCACUGGAUGCGUCAGGAAGUUUCAUUCGGGAAACUAAAGCUCACAAACAACAAGGGGGCCUCCAACAAUGUGACCCAGAUGAUUGUGCUCCAGUCGCUCCACAAGUACCAGCCCCGGCUGCACAUCGUCGAGAUAAAUGACAGUGAGCCGGAGGCGGCCUGCAGUGCGUCCAACACCCAUAUCUUUACUUUCCAAGAAACCCAGUUUAUCGCUGUGACCGCCUACCAGAACGCUGAGAUUACUCAGCUGAAAAUUGAUAAUAACCCUUUUGCCAAAGGAUUCCGGGAGAACUUUGAGUCCAUGUACACAUCUGUUGACACCAGCGUCCCCUCCCCGCCUGGACCCAACUGUCAGUUACAUGGGGGAGACCACUACUCUCCUCACCUACCCAACCAGUAUCCUGUCCCCAGCCGUUUCUACCCCGACCUUCCUGGCCAGGCCAAGGACGUGGUUCCCCAGCCAUACUGGCUGGGGGCUCCCCGGGACCACAGCUAUGAAGCCGAGUUCCGAGCAGUCAGCAUGAAGCCUGCAUUCCUGCCCUCCGGCCCCGGGCCCAACUUAGCUUACUAUCGAGGCCAGGAGGUCCUGGCGCCUGGCGCUACCUGGCCCGUAGCUCCCCAAUACCCCCCCAAAAUGGGCCCAGCCAGCUGGUUCUGCCCCAUGCGGACUCUGCCUAUGGAGCCUGGCCCUGGUACCUCAGAGGGCCGAGGGCCAGAGAACCAGGGCUCCCCAUCAGUGUGGACUGAGAUCACCUCCAUUCGGCCAGAAUCCAGUGACUCGGGACUGGGAGAAGGAGACUCUAAGAGGAGGCGUGUGUCCCCCUACCCUUCCAGUGGUGACAGCUCCUCCCCUGCUGGGGCCCCUUCUCCUUUUGAUAAGGAAGCUGAAGGCCAGUUUUAUAACUAUUUUCCCAACUGAGCAGGCGAUGUGGUGAAAGGAACAGAAACAGUGUUACUAGGUUGGAGGACACCAACUAACUUAGAAACAGUCUCAGGACUGAGAAGCCCCCGGCUCCCUCUGUCCCGUCUCCAUUUAGUAGUUGGUUGGGGAAGAGAGGGACCAAGAAGGAUUCUGGGGUUCAUUGCUGCUUCCUGGCCCACAAUGAACUGAGAGGAGUGUCCCUGCUCCUUUCUCUGCCCUAACUACAGUCAUUUACCUGGUGCUGCUGCUGGCUUUUGGUUCCCACCUGGAGAACAGAACACAAAGAAGAAGGUCUUGGACCCAGGGGAGCUUCCUUCCUUCUGGCAGGAUGAGUGGGUCAGGUGGGAGAAGGCUAGGGGCUGGACAUUCAGCUCUCUUCCUUUGUAAAGUAACUUUCAGAAUUGUUGUUUGCAUGUGUGUUAAUCUCCGAUCUGAAAAUAAAUGUUCAUGGAUUUUAUAACAGUUCGCCCACCAGGGGCAGGGAGAGGACUCAGGUGACUUGGGGCAGCUGGCCUGGGCCCCACCAUCUCUGAGGAGUGGGGUUCAGAGGAAGGGGCUGGGAAGCGGGGGAUGGUGCACAUCUCAAGAAGCAAGGUCUUGUUUGUUGUGUGUGUAUGCGCGCUUUUUUCUUUUCUUUUUUAUUUUUUGGAAUGGGGAGGCUAUUUAUUGUACAGAGAGUGGUGUCUUGAUGUAUUUCUUUUGUCUUCAUCACUUUCUGAAAAUAAACAUGAAACUGUU